AUGAGGGGCCGGGGAGGUGACGAGGCGACCCCGGUACGGGGGCUGGGGAAGCACCGCAGGAAUCUCUGGUACGGGCAUCCGGAGAGGCUGCCGGAGUACGGGAGGACCGGGGAGGCACCGGGAGACCCGCGCACGGCAGAGCAGCUGGAGGGUCACCAGGCCUCGCGGAGCCCCCGCGGGCAGAAGGAUUUCGUCCCUGACGGCUCGGCCCGGCAGGCAGAGAGGCUGCGGCGCUGCUGCGAGGAGCAGUGGCGGCUGCUGUGCGAGGAGCGCCCGGAGCGCCCAGGGAAUCUGGUGAAAGCUGAGUGGAAGCCAGAACAGGGCAUCGUGGAGCUGAAGUCCCCUGCGGGCAAGUUCUGGCACACCAUGGGGUUCUCAGAACGAGGCAAACAAUGUCUGCUGCCUGAGGAAGCUCUAUACCUGCUGGAGUGUGGCUCUGUCCAGCUCUUUUACAGAGAUGUGCCCCUGUCAAUCCAGGAAGCCUAUGAGACCCUGUUGUGCCAGGAGGCAAUGAGCCUGUCACAUUACCAGGUGUUCAGCCACUUGAAGCAACUGGGUUAUAUUGUACUGAGAUUCGACCCCAGCACCGUCCCAUCUCCCUAUGAGAGGCAGCUGAACUUGGAAAGUCACUGCAAGAGCUCUGGGAAGCACCAUCGCAAGAGGAGGAGAAGUUCCAGCCCCCGGUUGCAUGAGAAGAAACAUAAAGUAUAUGAGGACCUUCCAGAAGCUGAAGAGACCUCCAGUAAAUAUGGAGAUGACUGUGGAAAUUCCAUUCCUGUGGAUGAAAAGCCCUUGUCAGUGCAGCCAAAGGAAUCAGAUGCUGGCAGUGCAGAGGGAGAGUCAAUGCCAGUUCCCCUUGAUACAGGACAGAAGGACUCUCUGAGCUUCUGCAGCAGGCAGGCUGGAGAGCAGAAGGAGAGCAGCACUGGCACCCAUGCACCCCGCUGGGAUUUUACCACCAUCACCUUUCCCAACGUGGCCUCAGACCAGCCGUGCACACAUCUGCCCUCCCCUGACAGCAGGCUCCUGCCAGAGAACGUGCUGUGCAGGGAAGUGGAUGCAGCUUCCUGGUGCACACGGAUCAACCAGAAACAGGAGAAGCUGUCACGGAAGGAGAGGAAGCAGCGGGAGAGGGAGAGCAGGUACAAGAGCAGUGUCAAUGCCGACCAGGAGGUGAGGCGCUGCUCCAACUGGCAGGAGUACAAAGCCCUCUUGCAGCAGAGGAGACAGCAGAGAGUUUGGAAACGACCAUCACACCUCUGGGAGCAAGCUGUGACACCACUGCUGCGGCCAGAAGAAGUGACCUCACCAGCUGCGCUCCUCCAGCAGAUCAGUGUGUUGCAGCCCUCCCACAUCCUGGAUGGAGCCUCCCGGCUGCAAGAGGACCCAGAGGCCAUGAAGAUAGACUUCAACGUGUAUCAAGCAGACGCUGUGUCCAAGUUUAAGAAGACAAGCCCUGGGAAGCCUCAUGUCAGGAUGUGUGUUCGGAGCUGUAGUAGACAGAGCAAGGAAGGUGGUAAUGCAGUUUUACCAAGCUUUGAUGAGCAGAUCCCAUCCCUGCGGGCUUUGAAGCAGGUGACGUAUCUGAGUGGGGACGUCCCGCUGGUCUUUGCACUGGUGGAUCAUGGAGAAAUCACCUUCUAUUCACUGAAGGAGUUCAAGCUUCCCGUUGAUGUUAAUCACUGAAGUUGCUGUCACUUGCAGAAAUGGGAUAAAGAGAAGAGCUUUACUCAGGGGUUGUUUUCCUGAUCAGUGAAACAUUACAGAAAACAGAGCCUGUGAUAACUGGAACCUUGGGAAGUUGGCCACUUUAUUGGCUGUUCACACCCACCCAGAUAUCUCGGGCAUAAUGUGUAAUUUACAGCACACAGGUGUUUGGCUUAGCUGGGGCAUUUCUGGGCUGAAGUACACACUGCUUUGUUCUUGAAGCCACUGGCUCUCAGCUUUUUCACCUCACAGGACCACCAGCCUGCCUUUCCUGAGUCAGCUUUUGCUGACUGUGGACCAACACUUUGUUGGUGAUGCUUUUGUUACAUGUAAAGAACCACUGUGCUACACCAGUGGAAUGGUUGGAGUGUCACUGAGGUCAGUCAGGGACAGAAUAAGCUGAUCAGUGCUUGAGGCCUGAGCCUCUUGUCAGUCAGCUGUGCCAACGACCAUCAGAUCAGAGUAUGGUCUGAAAACGGUACAGCCAUGAACUCAGUCACCUGGAGGAAGGUUUCCAGACACUUGAGAGCAGGAAACUGUGCCUUGAACACAAUUUCAUCACCCAGAGGUCACAGAAAGCCCCAGAGCAUUGCAGACAGCAGCUUGGCCUCCUGCAGCAGCUGUGCUGAGAUGCAUUUUGGCACACAGUGUUAAGCCAUGCUAAAAUUUGACCACCACUGUCAGCACAGUGCAUC